AUGGGAGGAGCAGAGAUGUGUCGCUACCGCUUUGUGUCGUUUAUCAGAAAACUUAAAAAUAAGGCAAGCUGUCGGUAAUUCGCAUAUCUUAACGUCCUCCUCCUACAGGUAUUCAAGUGUCAUACGUCGGUUGGUGGACGCACACGGUGCAGCUGCCUAGCUUUUCAGUUUGCUAGCUGCUCUGGCAUCUCCUGUCAGCCGUGUGCUCAGCGUUAGUUACGUCGUUACGCGGCCGACAUGCCACUCGGUUUGAAGCCGUGCUGCGCUGUUUGCAAGACAAAUACGUCUUCAAUGUGGAAGAAAGGAAGCCAGGGAGAAAUACUGUGUAAUAGCUGUACGGGAAAAAGCAGCACGGCUGGUGGCACAGGACCCGCCGUGGCCUCCAGCGCCCAGCAGAAUAAUGGCGGUGGGAAACAGUCUAAGCAGGAGAUCCACAGGAGAUCAGCAAGACUGAGAAGCACGAAGUACAAGGCGCCCGCCUCGGAGAAGAAGGUGUCCACAAAGGGGAAGGGCCGCAGGCACAUCUUUAAGCUCAAAAACCCAAUUAAGGCUCCAGAAUCGGUAGCUACAAUUAUCACAUCCGAAUCCGUUUUUUAUAAGGGUGUGUAUUUUCAGAUAGGAGAUGUCAUCAAAGUAAUCGAUGAGGAAGAUGGGAAGCCAUACUAUGCUCAGAUUCGGGGAUUUGUUCAAGACCAAUACUGUGAGAAAAGUGCAGCGUUGACGUGGCUUUUACCAACACAGGCCAGUCCCAAAGAUCAGUUUGACCCAGGAACAUAUAUAAUAGGACCAGAGGAAGAUCUACCAAGAAAAAUGGAGUACCUCGAGUUUGUUUGUCAUGCUCCUUCCGAGUAUUUCAAAUCCAGAAGUUGUCCAUUUCCUACUCUUCCUAGUCGUCCAGAGAAAGGCUAUAUUUGGACACAUAUUGGUCCCACGCCAGUGACUGCGCUUAAGGAAUCUGUGGGCAGCGGUACUUAGAUGAAUGCUGAUACAGGGGACUGCAGCUUUUAAACAAAGCUGCAACCAAGAGGAUGUUGUCAAUUGGAACCUAGUGGUUCAGCAAACUGUAUACUACUGUAAUUCUACAGAUGUUGGGGUUUUUUUUUUUUAAAAAAAGCCCUCUCAAGACAUUAAAUGCAAAUAAAAGGUGUUCAUCUUCAAUCACAUGUGACUUCAUGUACAGCAGAGUCAGAUUCUUUCGUUGGUCCACAUUCCAGGACAGAAUUAUUCUGACAAUAAUAAUGGAGAAAAAAAAAAUCACAGAAAAAA